CGGGAAUCUCGAGGCUGCAGGCCAUGCGCAGAGUACGAUUAGCGGCCAACAAAUGGAUGUGAAAGCAAUACAGCCCGACGACAGUGAAGAAAUCAAAGAAGUUGAGCCUUGUGGUCCAGUGUGUAGAAAACCAAUUCAGAGAGUGAACCAACCAUUAUGUAUUGUAAUGGUCGGACUCCCGGCACGUGGAAAAACAUGCAUUUGUAUGAAACUGGCUCGAUAUCUGAGAUGGAUAGGAUUCAAGACGAAUGCGGUCAAUGUUGGUGAGUAUCGAAGACGUGCAGUUGGGGUACAAAUGCCAUCAUCUUUCUUUCGUCGAGACAACAAGGAAGCUAUGGCUUUACGAAAGACAGUGGCUUUAGAUGCUCUUUCUGAUGUCUAUAAAUGGCUUAUUAAAGAAGAUGGAGAUAUUAUUGUGUUUGAUGCUACUAAUACAACUCGGGAGAGACGAGCUCUUAUCUUGGAGUAUCUUAUUCCGAAGGGCAUUAAGGUCAUGUUUGUUGAGUCCAUUUGUGAAGAUGCUGCAAUUAUUGAACAAAAUAUCAAGGAUGUUAAGGUGAAUAGUCCUGACUACAAGGAUCUCAAUUCUGAGGUUGCAAUAGAUGACUUCCAGCAACGAAUUGAACACUACAGAGAAGCAUAUGAACCACUAACAGUUGAAUACGAUGGUGCUCGUUCAUUCAUUCAGAUAUUUGAUGUCGGGCAACGAUUCUUAGUAAACAAGAUUCAAGGGCAUCGUCAGACGCGUAUUGUUUAUUACUUGAUGAACUUACACAUCAGGCCAAGGACAAUCUUCUUGACAAGACAUGGCGAGAGCAUGUGUAACAUGACUGGAAAGAUUGGUGGCAACGCUGACUUAUCUGACAAUGGCCGUGAAUAUUCUAAAAAGCUUGGAGAAUUUAUGGCUUCUAUGCGAGAAUCGCUGCCAGGACUAAAGGUGUGGACGAGUUACUUGAAACGUACGGUACAGACAGCAGAGGUUGCUGGACUGAAUUAUGAGAAAUGGAAAGCGCUUGAUGAAUUGGAUGCCGGCCAAUGUGAUGGUUUGAGCUAUGAAGAAAUUCAAGAGCGAUUUCCUGAAGAGUUUGCUAAACGUGAUCAGGACAAGUACAAUUAUCGAUAUCCAAUGGGAGAGUCGUACAGAGAUCUUGUUCAAAGAUUGGAGCCAGUGAUUAUGGAACUGGAGAGGCAAAACAAUGUUCUAGUCAUCUGUCAUCAGGCAGUAAUGCGAUGCAUACAAGCAUACUUUUUGGACAAAGACGAAGCCAGCUUGCCAUACUUGAAUUGCCCAUUGCAUACAGUAGUGAAGCUGACACCUUCUGCUUACAAUCCUGAACUGGAACAGUUGAAGUUUGAUAUAGGGGCUGUGGACACCCAUCGUCCCAAGCCAAAGAAAGUUACUGUUAACCGAUCAACGUCUGAAGCUCUGAUGACAGUACCUGCGCACUAUUGAUGAGUUAGUGGCCUAGAGCAACCUUUGCUGGUACAAGGUACAAGUUGUUGAACAAAUUCUUAGCUGUAGAACUUGUAGGGAAAUGAAGUUUGAUUAUUUAUUGAGUUAGAAAUAAAUUGCGUGACUUGAUGUUUUCAUUGAAAUGAGUGAUUUAUUGCUUUAUAAUCUGGCUGUGGUAUUUAAAUUCAAAUACAUUAUGUAUGUGCUGG